AUGCGAAACAACGUGCUUAUGUGUCUGCUGAUUGCUGGCCAAGCCGGUGCCAUCAAAACCAUCUACUUCCAUCCAUUAAGCCAUAUCCCCGGCCCAAAAUGGCGGAUCGCAUUUCCGCUCUUCCACCACCUUUCAGCCAUCCGCGGAAGACUAGGCCUAGACCUUCGCUCCUGGCAUAACAAAUACGGCGACGUCGUCCGCUCCGGUCCUGACGAAGUCACCUUCACCACCGCGGAAGCCUGGAAUGAUAUCUACGGCCAUGGCCACCGCCAGCUCCCGGAAGUGCAAAUCUCCACCAUCAACGGCAAGGACAUCUUCAGUGCCUACGACGUGGACCAUGCUCGGUUCCGAAAGGCGCUGUCGCACGCGUUCUCGGCCAAGGGCCUGCAGGCUCAGGAGUGCCUCGUCGCACGGUACAUCGAUAAACUGAACGAGCGACUGAAGGAGUUCGCGGAGUCGGGGAGGGCGGCGGAUAUGGGCAAGUGGUAUAAUCUGGCGACGUUCGACCUUAUCGGGGAUCUUGGCUUCGGCGAGCCGUUUGGGGGGCUGGAUCGUGCGGAGUAUCAUCACGGGGUGGCGACGAUGUUUGGGUUUGUGAAGUCCAUUCCGUUCCUGCGGGCGCUGCAUUUGUAUCCGGUGGUAUUCAGGGUGAUUCUCGCGUUUCACCCGGGAUCGUUAAUGGAGAUGAGAAGCAAGCAGGUCGAGCAUGCGAAGGCGACUGGGUUAAGUCAGGAGGAGCUGGAAGAAAAUGCUAAUGUCCUCAUUCUGGCUGGGAGUGAGACUACGGCUACGGUGUUGUCCGGCGUUACAUACUGGCUUCUUCGAACCCCGGAUGCGCUUGAUAAGGUGAUGCGCGAGGUGAGAGCAGCAUUUGCAUCGGAGAAGGAUAUCACUUUCAAUCAGAUCACGGCAAAGUUGCCAUACAAGCUGGCAUGCCUGAACGAAGCCUUUCGGCUGUAUCCUCCUGUACUAGGAGGACUCCAGCGCUGGACGGAAGUGCCCACCUGGAUCUCGGGCUACCGCGUUCCUGCGAAUACCAAGGUCUCUGUCCACCCGUUGUCCGCAUACUCGUCACCGAGGAAUUUCCACCAAGCCGACCGAUUUCUCCCUGAACGAUGGCUACCAGAGGCGAUUGAGGACCAUGCAUCGCCGUUCUUUUCGGACAAUCGCGCCGUCUUCCAGCCAUUCUCGAUCGAGCCACGGAAAUGCCUCGGCAGGAACUUGGCUUACAUUGAGAUGCGGGUGAUACUUGCACGGGUCCUUUGGAGUUUCGACCUGGAACUGUGUAAGGACAGUCGCGAUUGGAAGGAUCAGAAGGUAUUUGUGAUAUGCGAGAGGGGCUCAUUGAUGUGCAAGCUUACCAUGCGAGACGACCGUGGGGAUCUUCAAAAAGGUUGCUGA